CUCUAACUUCCACACGUUGCGCGCACCCCACGUUGCUCAUUUCACCACACAUCAACAAGCACACCACCAACAGCAGCACAAUCAUGGCUGAUGAGAUUGAGGAGGCUGCGGCGGGGUUGGUGGGUGGUGUGAGGCGAACACGGCUACCUGGGGAUGGGGUGGCGAUACAGCAGAAACGGCGGGUCCCUGAGGGAGACCGUGUUGAGCAAGGGAAGGACGCAGGGUUCGUGCCGGGGUGUGCGUGUGUGUACAUUCGCACCUGGGGUUGCAGCCACAACACGAGCGAUGGCGAGUACAUGGCAGGUGUCCUGUCAGCGGCCGGGUACGAGAUUGUCAAAGACAAGAUGACCGCAGACCUGUGGAUCCUCAACAGCUGUACCGUGAAAACCCCUUCAGAGGACACGUUCAACAACGCCAUCCGAGAAGGCCAGAAGCUGGGCAAGAAGCUCGUGCUCGCAGGCUGCGUUGCACAGGCACAGCCUCGAGGGAAGAUGACGCAGGGGCUGAGCAUCGUUGGGAUCCAUCAGAUUGACCGUGUGCUGGAAGUGGUUGAGGAGACGCUGCAAGGCCGGACCGUCCGCCUCCUCUCAAAAAAGUCAUCAGGAGCUGGGGGCGCGCCGCUGGCCAUGCCGAAGAUCAGGCGAAAUGAACUGAUUGAGAUCAUCCCCAUCAACACGGGCUGCCUCAACCAGUGCACAUAUUGCAAGACGAAGCACGCGCGGGGGCAGCUCAACAGCUACCCUGCCGAUGAGAUUGUUGCGCGCGUGCGGCAGGUGGUGGCGGAGGGCGUGGUGGAGAUCUGGCUCACCAGCGAGGACACCGGCACAUAUGGCCGCGACAGAGACGACACCAUCGUCAACCUCCUCUGGAAAAUCAUUGAAGUGCUGCCGGAUGGCGUAAUGCUUCGUGUUGGCAUGACAAAUCCGCCAUACAUUCUCGAACACCUCGAGGAAAUGGCGAAGAUCCUGAACCAUCCGCGUGUGUAUGCGUUCCUGCACAUCCCGAUCCAGGCGGCGUCGGAUGCCGUCCUCACCACCAUGAAGCGCGAGUACAACUGUGAGGAGUUUUGUCACAUUGUCGACUUUCUUCGCGAGCGCGUUCCCAACGUCACCAUUGCAACAGACAUCAUCUGCGGGUUUCCAGGCGAAACCGAAGAGGACUUCCAAGAGACCAUGGAUUUGUGCGAAAAGUACAAAUUUCCCUCGCUGUUCAUCAACCAGGCACACCUGCUGCCCGCAUGGAGAGAAUUGAUCCCCGCGACGGUGAAGAAGCGAACGAAGCGGUUGAGCGAGCUGUUCCAGUCCUACCUUCCUUAUGAACACAAGCUUGGGCAGCGGCAGCGGGUGCUGGUGACGGACGUCUCCACGGAUGGUAACUACUUUGUUGCGCACAACAAGAGCUUCGACCAGGUGCUUGUGCCGCGCCGGCCAGAGAUCAUGGGCAAAAUGAUCACUGUCGACAUCACAGCAACGGGGAAACACUUUUUGAUGGGGCGUGUGGUUGAGGAAUCUGUCUCUGCGGCACAAUUACCAUCAUCAACAUCAUCAUCAAGAUUGCCGACGUCAACAUCAGCAUCACCAUCAGCGUCCGCGCUGCUGCGGGCGGUGAAGCAUGUGGCCCUUGCUCUUCUUCUUCUCGUUACCUUUGACAUUCUGCGAAAGCACCUGUUCUCGUAG